AUGAAAAGAGACACAUCGUUGAAAGAUUUUUCGAAAAUCUCCGAGUCCAAUCUGACUGAGACGACUCCUGCUAAGUUUGAGCCGCCAAGUUUCCUUCUUGAAGACUAUAAGAACCUGAAAAUUGAGAAUGCGGCGAUCAAAAGCUCUCGGAAAUCAGAGCGUAAAAGGGCGAGAAGAAUCAUAAUAACGCUAUCUCUGAUUAUUUGUAUCGCCGCUUCAUCCAUAAUUACGAUUUUUGUGAUCUAUGGUAAAUCAGUCAUAGAUGGUAUUCAUCUUGGAGAUGCCACUAUCAAGGAGGAAUUUGAUGAGCAAAAAACCCGUCUUAUAACACUUGAAAAUUUUCAUCAAAACCUGAUUGAUCGAGAUGAUCAAGCCAAUCAAAUUUUGAAAGCAGUUCAAGAGGCGACUCUGGAAAAUUUAGGGACAAUAAUUAACUUGCAGACUGAAAUCAAUGUUGUACAUAAAAAAUUGGAUAUUCUUUAUUCAUGCUUGUCUAAUGGGGGAUGCCCUCAAACGUUAUUACCAAUCUGGACGUUUUCUGAAACAACAACGAGUGCUACAACAACACCAACUGAGUCUCCAGAAACAAUACCAACAUUGGAGACAAUCACUUGUUCAGCUGCUAACCGUGUCAAUAAUUCUGUGGUUAUUUUUGUGAUGCUUUUGGUUAAUAGUUUGGAAUAA